UUGAUCCAACAUGAAAAACAUAUUGAAAAAUUAUUACACUUUAUUCGCUAAAAUGUUUUUCGCCAAACUUUUGAACAAAAAUUAAAUCGGUUCCGAACCAUAAUGGUUGUUCCCAUCACUAGAAGGAAAUCGUUGAACAUUUCGCUCUGUUGGUAGCAAUGCGCGUUGAUUAAACAUUGCCAAGGUGUGUAUGACAAUGACUUUUGAUUACAUACCUUGGUAUGUAACAGCUGCUCGGGAGAGAGAGAAAAUAAAAACAAACAAAGCGAAACAUUUGCGUCAAGAAAAAAAUUCCAAAAAAAGCCGCAAUUUCAGCUGCGGCUAUACAGAACGAGAAAAGUAUUUUUUAAAUAUAAAAUAUGCUUCGCUAUAGAGGUGUUAAACAGGCUCUGGAUGCUGUUUCUCGGCUGGAUGCAUUUCCCAAAGUAAAAGAAGAAUUUGUACAAGCAACACGAGUCGGUGGAACAUUGUCGUUGAUCAGCCGAUUGGUAAUUUUGUUCCUAAUCUACCAUGAAGUAUCGUACUACAUGGACUCACGGUUAGUGUUUACAUUCGUACCGGACACGGAUCUACAAUCGAAGCUUAAAGUACACAUCGACCUAACGGUUGCUAUGCCGUGCAAGUCGAUCGGUGCCGACAUUUUAGACUCAACAAAUCAAAAUGUGUUUUCCUUCGGUAUAUUGCAAGAGGAAGACACUUGGUUUGAGCUCUGUCCCAGCCAACGGGUACAUUUCGACUACAUGCAGCAUCACAAUUCGUACCUUCGGAAUGAAUAUCAUUCGAUAGCGGAGAUACUGUACAAAUCGGACCAUGCCGUGGUGUAUAGCAUGCCGGAACGUGUAAUCAUUCCAGCCAAACCGCACGAUGCAUGCCGCAUUCAUGGUGUGCUUACGCUAAACAAGGUUGCAGGCAAUUUUCAUAUCACCGUGGGCAAAACAAUUCACUUCUCCCGUGGUCACAUUCAUUUGAAUAGCAUUUUUGCCAACACGCAGACCAACUUUUCGCACCGAAUCAACAGAUUUAGUUUCGGCGAUCAUACCGCCGGUAUUAUCCAUCCACUCGAAGGCGAUGAGAAAAUAUUCGAUAAUGGUAAUUUCGGUCAAGUAAUGAUGCAGUAUUUCAUUGAAAUUGUUCCAACGGAUGUGCAAAAAUUUUAUUCACAUUCCAAAACAUACCAAUAUACUGUGCGAGAGAAUUUACAACUAAUCGAUAUCGAUAAGGGAAUGCAAGGUGUAGCGGGUCUCUACUUCAAGUAUGAUAUGUCUGCGUUGCGCGUGCUAGUCCGCCAGGAUCGGGACAGUAUUGCUCAGUUCAUUGUUCGGCUUUCCUCGAUCAUUGCCGGCAUUGUUGUGAUUUCGGGACUGUUGAGUAAGUGCAUGCAUCUCGUAGGGGACGCAUGUUGCAAACGACGCCACGAACCCACGGUAAUGCACGAAACAACCUCCAAAGGGUCCGUUAUCAUUAGCUGAUGAACGGACGGUAAUAUUUUAACGAUAAAUUACGGGACAAUGAGUUAAGAUCUGAAAUAAAUUCCACGCCGACAUGUGGUCAAGUGUAUAAA